CGCAGACGCGACGGAGCGUGCACUCAGUGCAGUCCCUCCCAAGCCCCUCGCCCCUCCCCUUUCUCUUCUGGUCUACCUCUCUGAGCAUGGCAGCAGAGCCACUGCCAAACCUCGCUUCAGACACGUGGAAAAAGAGAGAGCGACAUAGAGAGAGCGACAUAGAGAGAGAGAGAGAGAGAGAGAGAGAGAGAGAGAGAGAGAGAGAGAGAGAGAGAGAGAGAGAGAAGGAAAAUGACAGAGCCGGCUCUCGAGGGAGGGUGCCGGCUGUCAUCGUUCACUUCAAAGAGCCGACUGUUUGUACCGGCUCGUUCGCGACCGACACAUCACGACAACAAACGCUAAAAUGGCCUGGUAAAUGAUGUCGCGCGCACACAUGAAUGAUUCAUGGGAGCAACCGGCAGGCAGGGUGAAAGUGAAAACUGAUCUGCUCUUAAACCUCACCAGCUAGUCAUAUAGGAGGAAAUGAAAAUAACCCACACAAGUAGCAUUCUGUGCUGCUAACUAUUUCAAGGAAUGUUUUAUUUUCUUAUUCCCUGCACGUCACAGUGUCUCAUUAUUCAGUAUGUAACAGGACAAAAGUGUGUGUGCGUGUGUGUUUGUGUGUGCGUGUGCAUGUGCGCGCGCGCGAUUGUCCCCUGGUCUGUUUCAUUCCUCCACUGAGAAAGCAUCAACUAUGCAUGGCAGGGACUGUGUCAAGGUGGCUGUUAGAGUCCGACCGUUCAACAAGAGGGAAAGGGAUGCAGGCAGCCGCUGCGUCGUUACCAUGACAGCGAGUUCCAUCAGCAUCCAGGACCCACGUGACUCUCAGUGCCGCCGCUCCUUCUGCUUCGACUACGCCUACUGGUCCCACAGUGGCUACGUAGUCCAGGACCGCACUGGCCUCUACCUGCCCGAGGAGGCGGGCGGGCGCUAUGCAGACCAGGAAUGUGUGUUCCAGGACCUUGGGGAAGGAAUACUAGAGAAUGCACUCCAGGGUUACAACGCCACCCUGCUGGCUUACGGACAGACUGGCUCUGGCAAAAGUUACUCGUUGGUGGGUUACAGGCCCAAUAAAGGCCUAGUUCCCAAACUGUGUGAUCGACUCUUUGAAGCCAUUAAAGAAAACCAGGACACGAGACAAUGCCAGGUCUUCUUCAGUAUGUUGGAAAUCUACAAUGAGCAGGUGGUGGAUCUGCUAUCCCGUGGUUCUCGUCCUCCUGGGGGGCUCCGGGUUCGAGAGGAGCAGCACAGGGGCUUCUAUGUGGAGGGUCUGCGUACAGUCCCUUGUGAUAGUGCAGCACAGGUGGAACAGCUGAUGGAGCAGGGCACCAGAACCAGAACCACCGCAGCCACGCACAUGAACACAAACAGCAGCCGCUCACACAUGCUCAUUGUACUACAGCUCAAACAGAUCUUACCUCAAGAGAGCGUCACCAAACAGUCCAACAUUAACCUGGUAGACCUGGCAGGAAGCGAGCGUCAGAGAUCGGCGUCGUCCGAGGCCGACCGUCUCAAGGAGGGGACGGCCAUCAACCUGAGCCUCACCACUCUGGGCAACGUCAUCAGCACCCUCGCUGACAUGGCGGUGGGGAGGAAGGUGGUGCAUGUUCCCUACAGAGAUUCAGUUCUCACGAAACUGCUGCAAUCUGCUUUGGGAGGAAACAGCCGGACUGUUAUGAUUGCAACUCUGAGCCCUGCUGACAUCUGCUACGAGGAGUCUCUGUCCACACUUCGCUAUGCUGAGAGGGCAAAGCACAUCCAGAACCGCCCCGUGGUGAACGAACGCCCAACUGAGCGUCUGGUCAAAGAACUCAAAGCCGAGAACGCCAGACUGAUGCAACGACUGAGUCGGCUGGGCCACGAUGGACGCAGCGCCGAUGACGAAACCAAGGAGAUCCGGCAGCUGCUGACACACAAUGAGCUCCAGAUCAGAACCAUUCACACUUUGUGGGAGCAACAUCUGCAGGAGGCGCUUAGGGACUGGGAGCAACAGUAUGCCAACAUCACACAGGAGAGGAGAAUGAUGCAGAUGCAUCCUUACAUCCUGAACAUCAAUGAGGACGCUCAGCUCUCUGGUGUGGUUAAGCUGUUCAUCCAGGAGGGCGAUUGGGAGAUUGGCCUCAGUGAAGCCAGCCCCAGAUCCAUCUCCAUCAAGGGCUUAGGGAUCCAGCAGCGCCACCUCGUAUUGAAGAACAAACAGCGGCGAGUUACGCUAACCCCACUCAAGGGGUCCAAGGUGACCAUCAAUGGGAGAGCGGUUUCUCAGACAACUGAGCUGCAGCACCUGGACCGACUCAUUCUCGGCUCCAACUGCACUUACCUUUAUAUCGGCUUCCCGUCCGAGAGGGUGGCUAACGACUGGAGUUGCUACGACUAUGACUACUUCCUGUCAGAGUUGGCUGCGGCUGAGGGCAUCAACUUGGGUGAAAGCAGCAAGGAUUCAUGUCAGACGGAUCCGAGUAUACUGGCCGUCUUCUAUGACUACAUUAAAUUAAUGCCCCUGGUGGCUGAAGCCAACCAGAUGAGCCAGGAACUGAAUAAGGGUGUGGAGUUCAAACUGGAGAUUAAGAAUCUGGUGCUGUCUGACUCAAAAGGACACGACCUGGAGAAAGAGAUCGUUUGCAGAGUCACCUCAAAGCACACCCAACAGGUAUGGAUGUGGUCGAAGGCAAAAUUUGUGAACCGCAAAUUCCUGAUGGAAGAAAUCUACCAGCAACAUCUGGAUGAGAUGAAAGGCGAACAACCAGGAGAGGGCCUCUCCAUUGCUGCCCUGCCCAGAGACAAAGACCCUUUUUGGGAUCCGGUCGAACCGCUGCUCCUGGGCACCGCUCACCUUUGGCUGCAAUCUCUGGCCUUCCGUAUUCCUGUGGACGAGCAACUGGAGUUCAGAAGAAGUUUCACAUUUUCUUACUUACGAAGUCAGUAUAUGUCUGGCCUGCAGGGUGUGGAGUUCAAACUGGAGAUUAAGAAUCUGGUGCUGUCUGACUCAAAAGGACACGACCUGGAGAAAGAGAUCGUUUGCAGAGUCACCUCAAAGCACACCCAACAGGUAUGGAUGUGGUCGAAGGCAAAAUUUGUGAACCGCAAAUUCCUGAUGGAAGAAAUCUACCAGCAACAUCUGGAUGAGAUGAAAGGCGAACAACCAGGAGAGGGCCUCUCCAUUGCUGCCCUGCCCAGAGACAAAGACCCUUUUUGGGAUCCGGUCGAACCGCUGCUCCUGGGCACCGCUCACCUUUGGCUGCAAUCUCUGGCCUUCCGUAUUCCUGUGGACGAGCAACUGGAGGUGCUCGGCUCUGAAGGUAGUGAGGAGGCCAUUCUGCAAGCAAAGCUGAUUCCUUGCACCUCCGAUGGAUUGCCCCUGGGCGAAGACGACAUCCUCAUCGACCCAUCCGAGCUGCUCGGUCGCCGUCUUGACGUCCAGCUGGUUGUGGAGCAGUGUUUCGGUCUGCGCUGGAUAAGAGACGCUCGCAGUCGAGGCAUUCAGAUUGGGUUCAGUCCUUUGGACAGCGUCGGUCGUCUCUACACGCCGGCUGUAUGGCACCUUAUCAACCCCGUGCUGCAUCACAAAGUGCACUUUGCCUCUUUUCACGUCUCGCAGCAGCUACUCAAGCACCUUCAGAGCAGUGCUAUGCUUUUGGAGCUUUGGGGGCUUCAAGAGGGCUGCACUUGCUUGACGUCACCUGCGGAGGGCGCUACAGUGAGCACGGACGGCAUUUUCAUCAUCGAUGAGAGUGGCAUGGCUGAUAAUCCUGCAGAUGGCGUAAAGCCGAACAGUGCACGGAGCAGACUUCAGAGGGAUCUUGAAGAACAGAAAAGAGUCAACAGCCACCUGGUGAAGGAGAAUCAACGUUUAAGAGGACAACUCAACGCAGCCACCAACGGUGGCGACAGCGGGCGGAGUCACUCGUUUCGGCCGAGUUGCGACGCAGAGUUCGCCCGCUCGCUGAAGCAGUUCUACCACAACAUGACGUCAGUCCGGGCUCAGCUGCAGAGUCUGCGCAGACGCAGGCCCAGCGAGUCAUGUGACCUCCUGGGACUGCGUCUCUUCGUGGAAGAGCACAGCGGCCUGCUGAAGGACUUCUCGGAGCAGCUGGAACAAAGCGUGUCCGCCCUCAAACACGACAUCGCCACCAUCGUCCGACGCAAGCGGGAACGAUCGGGAACUGGGUCUUGACUCGCGGAAAUAUCUGUUGAAGCUUUGGUGGGAAAUUAUUGAUUUUAUCUGUGAACCUGCAUUGUUGAACUAAGAGUAUUCGUAUUUGUACUUAAAAAAAUCUAACUAUAUUUAAUCAACAACACUCGGGGACACAUUUUUUGUUGAGUUAGGUCUGUUAGCUCCCUGGUAUUUUUAUUUUUCCUAACCAAUUAGCUAGAUUAAAUUGUGUCUUGCCUCA